GAUGCUUUAUUUUAAGAUGGUAAACAGCACAGCUGACGUAUGCGCAUUUAAAAUCAACUACCAUUUUUGCCCUCACAGGCCUACUCCACAAAGAGCAGCUUGGCAUGUAACAGGAGGGAAAGUAAUGGUAGCACUAGUUAAUGUAGCUGUAGCAGUUUCAGUGUCCUAACGUUUUGUUCACGUCCUGCUAUAAAUGUGAUUUAAAAUGAUUUAAAGGGAGUACAGAUCUGGGCAGGUUUUUAUUAGGAUCUAUUUUGAACUGAAGCAUAUAGGAUCCUGCGAACAACACUGUUGUGGCCUUACAGAGACCUGCCAUUGCAAUAGUUACUAUGAAUAAAUCAAUAAAUCAACAAGAUUAAGGGGCAAUAUUCAGUAUUUUCAGAACAGUAAAUACCAUUAGCAUAGUUUAUCAAUGUAUAUGGUAGCCACAGACAACCGAGACUAAACAAACUAAGCACAAAACAAAGAAAUUUGUGUUUGGUCAAAAGUGUUCAAUAAAGUCGAGGUCAAGACUGCAGCCGGGCCAUUCCCUACUCUUUACUCCAAAAUUCUGGAGGUAGUCUCUGAUAAACCCCAAUCUGGGGUUGAGUGUUGUCAUCCUGUAGGACAGAGUUUGUUCACAGACUGUGGAGAUAUGGGACUGACACUGAUUGUAGAAUCUCAUCUCGCUGCAUUGAGAUCAUCUCCAGUGAUGAUAAGCCUUGUUUUUUUAUAGUGAGGGAGAUGCUGCUCCACAUCAUCACACUGCCCCACCAAAAGCUGUUACCCUAUCAGUGCAGCAAUCAGCGUAGCGUUCUCCACAUCUUCUCCACACUACCCGAUUAUCCAACCGCUGUAAAUAGAAUUAGGACACAUCACUGAACAUAACAUUCCUCCACAAGCUCAUGUUUCACAAGGUCCACCACAAAUGGACCUAACAGUGAAGGACAGUCAUGGCAGGUCUCGUGGCAGGCCUAUGAGCCUGGAGAUUGACUGUGUGCAGUCUGUUCCAGAUCGUCUGGUCUGUCGGCCAUAUUGCCAUGCAAGCAUCCUUGUGGUGUUUUUGCUUGGGACAUCCACUUCACAGCCUGUCUCUGACAUCCCCUGUUAUAUGGAACGUGGCCUUCAGUCUCAAGAUGGUACCAAGGCUCACUCCAGAAAAUGCUGAAACUUGAUUUUGUGAAACACUGGCUUGAAGUUGCCCCAUGGUGUAGACCAUAUCAAACAUAGUAUGCUCAGAACCAACACUUUCCAGAACAAACACCAACUGAUUACUGUGGUAGGAUCCAUACUCAUAGGUGUUGCUAAUCAGAUGCUAAUCACCUGAUUGUCGUCAACAGCAGAAUAAGCUGUUUAGCAAUGACAGAGAAGAUUUGUCAAGUUUUUAAUGGGCACAACCCACAAAUGCAUUGUACUUACAAAUGUGGCACCAUUUAAGGAAAUCAACAGGUUUUCCAACAGUGUAGGACUGAUUGCUAAGAAGCAUUGUUACAACAGAGAAAUCAUUAACCAAACACACAUCUCCUUCCUUUGUUGCUAAGUUUAUUUGUUCUGAUGAUCAUUAGCUGUCUGAUUCUGAUGUUUUGGGAUAACACAUAACAGUCUUUCGCCAUUAUGAUAGUUUUCUUCUGUUUGCUACUAAUGCAAGGAGACAGACAAGAUAAGGCCUGGGAAACUCAAUGCAAAAUUUGAAUCAAGACUGAGGCUUCUGACCUUAUGUGUUGUAAAUACAUUUACACAAAUAUCCGGAAUGAUCUCUUUAAAGGGGGGCAAUUGUGCUCAUCUCCACUGACAUAUUUUUAUUCCCAGGCUCUACUAGAGUAGCUUUGCAUGAUUCACAGUUCAAAAUAAUCCUUGUUUAUUUUAACUGGACCAUGAUGCAGUCUCCUCACUGUCUGCUAAAAGUUCCUUUGAGGACAACUGCUUUCUUCUGAUAGUUGCCUCUUGCCAACAAAAAUCUUGAAAAGCAGCUGACAAUAACAAUAAAUCAUGACAAGAACUGCGCACCUGAGAUGACCACGGUAAGGAUAUCCACUCUUACUGACAUCAUACAGAGCAAAGAGUAGAAAAAAAAACCCUCAAUCACCAAACUCUAUCUCACAGUCUGCUCUGCUUUAAAACAAGUGGCUAAGUUUGAGUGAAAGCUGAUCACGAAUAAAAGUUUCAACACCAAUUACAUUUUAACCCUUAGCUGCUCCCACGUUGGUCUCUGUUCUGUUCAGGGACGUGGGAAACGUCUCCCCCCCCCUCUUGUAAUGUACGCCGGAGGCCAUUAGAGGUCAGCAGAGUCUCGACGAAAUCAUUUGAAGGGCUCUACACCGAGGCUGAGCGUUUUAACUUUACCACUGAGUUACAUUUAAACCCAGGUUAUUUAAUGACAUUUCUGCCUCUGAAAACCUAAGCCUACUCUGUGAUUAAAGUAAAAACGGAAAAAGAAGGAAAUCAUCAAAUGAUAUUUAUCCUGAAAGUUAGUUUUCCCCACAUUUGAUAUAUUUUUGUAAAAUAUGAAUAGUCUUUAAAGAUUUCUUUAAAAAUGUCGCAACUUUACGAUCACUUCGUUUGUGUCUUCAGCGUAUCUGCGUUUAAACUCUAAUCUAACGUCAUCGUCCUUGGAAGCUUUCACGCUGUCAGACUUACCGAUAAGGAGGGCUGUUAGUCCCUUCCAGUGUUUCUCAAAUUUGACAAGGCCUACACUUAAUUUUGCAAACUUGCCAGUGAAAAAAAAGCAACGCUAAUAAGAAGAAACAGUGAAAUGUCUCAUAUAAUUUCAUCCACAAAAUUAGAUAAUCGAGUUUUUGCCAUUCACAAUAAAAGAAAUCAGAGUUCUCACGUGCACGCAUUUUACUCACUGCUAAAUCAAAAACAUUCCAAACUUUCCCACACUGUUAUUUCCCCUUUUCACUCUGUCCUCUAGCAUGCAUGUUUUGUAGUACGUCUGUGACAUAAAAUUGUUUGGGAAGCCCUGCACUGAGCCACCAUGUGGGCGUGUUUCUUUUCGGCCCAACAGUCUCCGCUCUUGUGUGGAGUCCAGAGCGAAAAACGCACUCCUUCUGGUGCGGCCGGAGAGCGCAAAAGUUAGCUGCUCUCAGACCCUGAAGCGCACACCAUCUCUGGCUCACGCAGCUCCUCGAAUUUAACUUCACUGCGCGAGGGAGGGAAAAAAUUGAGUUUAUUAACAUCUCCCGGUGAAUCUUCCAGCCAUGGACGCAUUUCGAGUCAUUACGAUAUAUCUGGGCCUCCUCUUUGUUUUCCUUGGGAAUAUACCGUGUUUCCAGUCUGCUGCUAUCAUCUCUCCCUCUGCGCCGAGGAGGAACAGGGGUGCCAGGAUCCCUCACCAGGAUGGACAGAGCUCUUCCAAAUUCCUAAAAGACAUCUUCGCGUCCUCUCAUCCUGUCGCGGGACACCACAAAGAAGAUCUAAAGGACGCUAUUGUUCCGCAUGAGUACAUGCUCUCCAUAUACAGGACAUACUCUGCUGCAGAGAAACUCGGACUAAACGCCAGCUUUUUCCGCUCUUCUAAAUCUGCCAACACCAUAACAAGUUUUGUGGACAGAGGAACAGACGAUCUUUUGCACUCUCCUCUGCGAAGACAAAAGUAUCUGUUUGAUGUCUCAACCCUUUCAGAAAAAGAGGAGCUGGUCGGGGCGGAAUUAAGGAUAUUUAGGAGAGCGCCCGGGGAUUUGCAGACUUCCCUGCAGACGACGGGCCUCUACGACAUUCAGCUCUACCCCUGCCGCUCAGACAAGCUGCUGGACUCCAGGUCCUUGGACCCGCUGGAUUCCACGAAAGCCGGCUGGGAAGUGCUGGACGUGUGGGAAGUGUUUAAAGCGCGCCAGCAUCAUUAUCACCACCCCCAUCGCUCUCGUCACUAUCAGCAGGAGAACCAGCUCUGCCUCCAGCUAAGGGUCACACUGGGCAAAUCGGACACCGAGGUCGACCUGAGGCAGCUGGGGCUGGACAGGAGCGGCCGGUCCCAGCAGGAGAAGGCCAUCCUGGUGGCCUACACCCGCUCCAAGAAGAGGGAGAACCUGUUCAACGAGAUGAAGGAGCAGAUCAAGUCGCGGAGGUCAGUCGGUGAGAAGGAAGUGAAGGUGGAAAGAGCAAAAGAGGAGGGGGUAUCUCCGCUGACUGGGGCCAAAGGAGAAGGGCCCAGGCGGCGGAGGAGGACGGCGCUGGGCAACCGGCACGGAAAGCGGCACGGGAAGAAAUCCAAAUCCAGGUGCAGCAAAAAGGCCCUGCACGUGAAUUUCAAAGAGCUGGGCUGGGACGACUGGAUCAUCGCGCCCCUGGAUUACGAGGCAUACCACUGCGAGGGGGUGUGCGACUUCCCCCUGAGGUCGCACCUGGAGCCGACCAACCACGCAAUCAUACAGACGCUCAUGAACUCCAUGGACCCCAACAGCACCCCGCCCAGCUGCUGCGUGCCCACCAAACUCAGCCCCAUCAGCAUCCUGUACAUAGACUCGGGCAAUAACGUGGUGUACAAACAGUACGAGGAUAUGGUGGUGGAGCAGUGUGGGUGCAGGUAGCGGCCAUUUUUGUGAAAAAACAAAACAAACAACAACAACAACAACAGAAGAUUGUUAAAGAUACUCUCAGUGGGUUCAAGGCUGAAGGUAGAAAGUCCUCAUGGGUCUCAAAGCGUUUUGACGCAUGAUGCGCCUUGUUUUUAUUCAAAAGGGAUGCGCGCGCGCGCGCACACACACACACACACACACACACACACACACACACACACACACACACACACACACACACGAGGCCAUAUCUUUAUUUAUUCAGGCUCAGUCGCAUUAAAUUCCACUCUCUGCCUUAAAGUGUUAAGCACAAUAUUUCCCAACCAGGCGGCAAGUUAUCAUGAAAUAGAUUUUUUUGUUGUUGUUUCCCAAAAAGUGUGACGUGUCCACAUGGCACGAGGAGAUGGGCGUUCUGAGUGAUAUGGAGGGAACUAUUAAGUCCGACUGCGCACCUGUGAGUGCCGGGGACAGCGGGCUUUGCCUGUAAGCAGCGCUUUGUUGCAGCGCUGACCUGUGAUCCUGGCAGCCUGGCCGGACUCUUUUGGGUAUGUGCAUCCAGGCCUCAAAUGUAACUGUCCAGCUGGAGUCAUUACAGGCCCGAGCAAGUGCCCGUUUUCAAAAAAAAAAAAAAAAAAAAAAAAAAAAAUGAAGGGGGUUAAUGUCUAAUCUACCAAACACAAACACAGACUGGUCUGAGGAGAGGUGAUAAGACGGUGAUCGUGAUGGUGGUGGUGGUGGCAAUGCCUUCAAAGAGAUUUCUUGUUUUUCCUUACUGGAGACCAGCUGAAAGGCGCUGGGAAAGGGCGCAUUUACGGACAGAAAGGACACAAAAUCAGACUUAAUGCGUGAAUGAAAGAAAAAAAAAGAAAGAACACAUAACUGAGGCGUAAUUUCAAGCUCAAAAGUCGGCAUCUUUACAAAAUGCACUUCCACAACUGACUGCGCCAAGGACAUGUGGUCAGCUGAAUUCGUCUUCUCUGAUGACGAAAAAACAAAAGAUUAAAAAAAGACAAGAAAAAGAAAAAGGACUCGCAAACGAGACGUUAUUUAAAUGCACAUUAGCUUUGAAUGCACUGCUGUUCGUUUUCUUUUUGUUUGUUUGAGUUGUAAAUACUUGUACAGUCCCCCGCCCCAAAAGAACUCUACAAAGUGCAACGAAUGAAGAAAUGAGAAAACGGCAUUUCUUUGUAAAUGUACAAAAAUGCACUCAAAUCGGUAUAAUUUCUAUUCUAUAAUUAUUUUAUUAUUUGUGAUGUACAGAGUUUUCAUGAUAAUCAUAUAUUUCUUACGUGGAUAAGAGUAAUUUAAGGUGUAUUCGAUAUUUUGCAGAGGGUGGAAAAUACCAUUAUUAAUGUCUACCUCAUAAUUGCAUAUAGGAGGUGCAUUCAGUUAGAGUGUAAAGAGCUUUUACAAUGAUAUAUAAGAUCAUUUAUUUACAUAUAUUACUGGCUAAUAUUCCACACCAUUACUGUACAAAUAAAAUUCAAAAGAAAGCCCACCAGUCUUCUGAUGAUUGAUGCCAACUAUUCUUUUAAGAAAAAUUCUUUUGCAUUAAUUUGAUGUGUUUUUAAGUCCAGUAAGAACUUUGCAGGGGAUUAGUUACUGGGGAAACUACGGGAA